AUGCCUAGGAUUGCUGCGAAGCUCCCGCGCCGCCGCCGGCGGCUGUGCGCGGACGAGGACCGCCUCGGUGACCUCCCCGACGAUCUGCUCCUUGACAUCCUGCGCCGCCUCGACACCCGCACCGCGCUCGGCGCCGCGGCGCUCUCCAGGCGCUGGGCCAGCCUGCCCCGCGAGGUCCCCGUCCUGGACCUCAAGGUCAGCGACAUACUGCCGCCCCGCUACCACCGGUGCUUCCGCCUCCGCGAAGACGCCAGGGAUUCGAAAAUCAGCUCGACCUUGUCUGACAGGAGGCUUCUAGAGGCUAUCACCGCCCGGUACGAGCGCCGCGCCAUGCGAUCCAUGGUCUGCUCCCUCAAGAGCCUCCUGGCCAGCCAAGCUCGCCGGCGCGUGGAGAGGCUGUCGCUCGAGGUCUUCGCCUACAGCACCUCGGCCUGCAUCAACCGCCUGGUCGUGGACGCCGUCGAUUCCUGGGGCGUCCGGGAUCUGGAGGUUGUUGCCACCCCGACAGGGCCGCUCACGCGUCUGGAGCCGUCGGCCUACAGCUUCCCUCUUGGCCUCAUCAGCAGGAAGCCCGGCGAGUCCCGACUGCGAAGCCUCAAGCUUGCCAACUGCUUGCCCCCGCCGCUCCGGGGAUUCAACGCGCUCACCACGCUCGUCUUGCGAGACUUGCCGGUUCCCACGCCGGCGGCCGCCUACGAGGAAGCGGUCGCCGCGUGCCCGCAGUUGCAAGUGCUACACAUCCUUUCAUGCGAGAUCAAGAUAACUGCCCGCAGGGUGGUUCUUGACGCGCCCAAAUCGGAAAUCAGGGAGCUUGUACUCGGCGGCGAGCUCGUGUCGGUCGAGAUCCGGUCUCUCCCGAAGCUCGAGAGUCUCGCCAGCCAGGAAGCUACCGUGCUGCUUUGCUCCGCCGCCGCCGCCCCGUGCCUUGCGCACGUGAGCCUCGCCUUCUCGGUUGGCCGACUGGAAGGGGGCGGUUUAGCUGGUCUAAACCGCUCCUACCGCGACUUCUUGAUUCAGCGGCUCGUGCAGUUCUUCCAGGGCGCCAUCACCGUGAAGGAUCUGGUCUUGCGGUUUACUGGGCCAGAGAUGUGGAUCAUGCCGGAGAAUCCCUUCUCUGCAAUGGCGAACCUGAGAAGGCUGCUCGUCGCCGAUGUGCCUUCCUCAUGGGACGCCUCAUGGCCGCGCCUGCUCAUCGAGACGGCACCGUUACUUGAGAGCCUUUAUGUGCAUGUCUCCCACAGCGAAGGCGAGCCGAGACAGGAGGUGCCGGGGGAGACAUCGGCUUCGCGCCAUUACCAUUUGAAGGAGCUUGUUGUCAUUGGAUUCCAGAGGACGGAGAGGCAGAUGCGCCUUGUGAGGUUCACCGUGGAGGUAUCCACGGCGCUGCGGCGUGUCGCACUGCUCAAGCAGGGACGCGUCGAGGACAAAGGGUCCUGCUGCGACUGGGAGGUGGUGAGCCAGCAGAGCGCGUGGUGCGACGAGGAGAGGCUCGCCGUUCUGGAUGGUAUCGGCUGUUCGACGGGACAGAUCGAAGUGGUGCUCAGUUGA